UGGUCCCGGUCGGUUACUUCAUGAUACAAUGAGAUUCUUCGCAUCAGGACCUUGACGACAGUCGACACAGAUAAGCCAGGUAUAGUUCUCUAUGUUUAGGAAGUCAAGUCCCGCAGUUGACACUGAUGUGGAAAAUCAAAAGGCUCACUCUGGGUAUUGUGUGGAGGUCUUUUCUGCCAUACAGUGGAUACAAUUUGUUAUGGCUACACUGAGUGUUAUAGGUUCAAGUUCACUUAUUACCUAUGUUGUAUUCCAGAAUAUACAGAAAUCUCCAGAGAUAAGGCCACUCUUUUAUCUGAGCUUCUCUGACCUCCUCCUGGGGAUUUGCUGGCUCAUUGAAGCACUUCUCUAUGGAACUUCAGCAGCCAAUAAGGACAUUGUCUGUUAUAACCUGCAAGCAGUUGGACAGAUAUUCUACAUUUCCUCAUUUCUCUACACUGUCAGUUACAUCUGGUAUUUGUACAAAGAGCUGAGGAUGAAACACAACCAGCAUGGACAGAGCACAUUUCCACUGGUUAUAGAUUAUACUUGUCAAGUUGGUCAAAUAGCCAUCAUUUUGUCAAGCCUGAUACCUCUACUAUUGAUGAUACCUGUAUUCUGUCUGGGCAAUGCCAGUGGAUGUUUCCACAACUUCAGCCAGAACCACAGGUGUAUCCUGAUGUACUCACCACCAUCAGCCAUGGCUGAACUCCUGCCUUCUGCCAACACAUCAGUCUGUAGCACACUUUAUUUUUAUGGGCUCACCAUUUUCCUGGCCAGCUUUCUACUCAGCCUCCUCACCAUUGUGAUCCUACUCAUCCAAGCCCAAACACUGUAUAAGAAGUUUGUGAAAUUGACUGGCUUUCUGGGGAGUGAACAGUGGGCAGUGAUUCACGUUAUGGAGCAGCGAGUGCGCUUCUACCCAGUGGCCUUCUUUUGCUGCUGGGGCCCAGCUGUCAUUCUGAUGAUCAUAAAGCUGACUAAAGCACAGGACACCAAGCUUCACAUGGCCCUCUAUGUUCUCCAGGCUCUAACAGCAUCAUCCCAGGGUCUGCUCAACAGUGGAGUAUAUGGCUGGACACAGUACAACUUCUACCAACUAAAGCAAGAGGCUCGGCGUGAUGCAGACACCCAGACACCAUUGUUGUGCUCACAGAAGAGAUUCUAUAGCAGGGGCCUAGAUCCAUUGGAGUCUACACUUGCUUUUGCUACCAGCACCUCCACCAUUCUUUGAAACUAUAAUACUGGAACAUCCGGGAACUAGAGUUAUUCUACAUUAAUGGAUGGGGAAUAGUGUUGGGGAAGAGCAUCUUAAGUCUUUUCUAACCAUGCUUUAGCUAUGGAAGUGAAAGGGAAUAUACUGCCAUGGUUAGUAGCUAUUCUAGGUGGAUUGGGUAGGACCUCUCCCUUAUUCUCAGAUUCACUAGUGAUUCCUAAAGUCGUUGUUCAGGGAGGUGAAGCCACUUUCCAUCUAAGAGAUACACUCAUAUUACUUUGAUGAAUAUUAUAUUUGUCCAAGUCUCUUCUAGAAAAAAAUAAAUUUCAGAUUAUUAUUUA